AAAAAAAAAAAAAAAGUUGAUCGAGUAAGCUAUCUAUAGUCACUUUUUUUUUUAUUGUUGAAACAUAAGCCAUGGUCGGGGAGACAGAGGUGAAGGAGAGACCCAAGUCCAACCCGGACUACUUAAUGCAGCUGAUGAAUGACAGGAAGGUGAUGAGCUCCCUGCCCAACUUCAGCGGCAUCUUCACGCAUCUGGAGCGGCUGCUGGAUGAAGAGAUUGGCCGGGUACGCAAAGACAUGUACAACGACACGGUGAACGGCGGCAUGUUCAACGGGCGGGACAUGGAGGAGCUUCCCGAAGCCAUUGGCCCCGUGGCUCAGCUGCAGGAGAAGCUCUACGUGCCGGUCAAAGAGUACCCAGACUUUAACUUUGUAGGGAGGAUCCUGGGCCCACGUGGGCUGACAGCCAAACAACUGGAGGCAGAGACCGGCUGCAAGAUUAUGGUGCGAGGAAAGGGCUCCAUGAGAGACAAGAAGAAGGAGGAGAUGAACCGAGGGAAGCCCAACUGGGAGCACCUCAGCGAGGACCUCCACGUCCUGAUCACAGUGGAGGACACACACAACCGGGCCAAGAUCAAGCUUCAGCGGGCCAUCAACGAGGUCAAGAAACUCCUGGUGCCUGCUGCUGAGGGGGAGGACAACCUGAAGAAAAUGCAGUUGAUGGAACUGGCCAUUCUCAACGGGACCUACAGAGACGCCAAUGUCAAGACGCCCACUGCUGGCUUCCCUCUAGCGACCCCUCAGGCGCCUCGGAUCAUCACAGGCCCGACGCCCGUCCUGCCUCCCGCCCUGCGAAACCCCGCGCCCGUCAACACGCCGACCCUCAUGCCUCUGAUUCGCCAGAUCCAGAGCUCAGCCCUCAUGCCAGGAGGAAACCCCCACCCAGCGCUUGUGCAGCAAGGGCCGGAGUCUGGGAUCAUCUACACGCCCUACGAGUACCCCUACACACUCACGCCCUCAAUAUUGGAAUACCCGAUUGACUCAACUGGAGUAUUAGGUAUGGCUUUCCCAACCAAAGGCUAAGCGAUAGCAACCCUUCCUAGCACACACACGGACUGGAUUGCAGAGACACCCCCCCCCCCUCCCCCCUCUCUCUCUCUUUCUCUCUUACCCCCCCUAUACAUACUUGUCCCACAGAGCAAACACUCAAAGUUUGCUCAUACUUUAGGAUGACAGAUUCCUCGACAGUCAUUCUGUAGUCAAGUGUCCAUUCCUGUUAAUUUCCUCUUUGUAUUAGCAGACUAGCAUUGUGGUGUGACAGCUAUUUAACUUUUUAUAAUAGUGUAGCUUCUGCUUGUAAUUUUUAACAGUUUUUUUUAGUGAACCCGUAGAUGUGUUAGCGCCGCUGUUUGUGAUUUAAUAUAUGUUCGAGCUUAUUUUAAUCAGAGCUAUAGAGUGACUUCGCUUACAGCUGAUAUUGAAUCUACUAGGGAAGCUUAGUGAGAAAUUAGUGGUUUGGAUUAAUAUUUUCUUGAGAGAACAGAAGACCACAAAACAACAACACAAAUCUGUCUCUUAGAAGUUUUGACUUAUUUUCACCCUCAGCCUUGAACUUAUUUUUUUAAAUUCCUGGUCUCACUGAUGUUGGUGCCAUGGGUGGACUGUUUGAUGUCUUUCUGAUGAGUAACCUUUUGUGUUCUGUUUUGGCGAACGUCAAUGGCUGUAAGCAGGUGCCAUGACCACUAAGGUACGACGCCACGACAAGAGAAUCCAUCCUUACCAAAGGGUAGUGACCCCAGACAGAGGUUAGUUAGCUCACCAGCCACUUUAUGUGUAUGUGUGCGUGUUGAGUGUGUGUGUUUGUAAGUGUGUGUGCAUGCAGACCGAUGGACCAAUCUCAGUUUACAUGUGUCUGUAAUACGGCAUGCCUUAAAAAAAAAAAAGAAAAUAACUGUAUCAGGCGAUGAAGCAGCGUCGGUGUAAAAUGUGAAACGGUGUUGCAGUGAAAGUGAAAUGAUUGAGCAGAUUGGGAGGAACCAUGUCAAGGGUGACAGCUGCAGCGGUUAUCUUUCACUCGCCUGUUAGAUAGACUGGACGGCUUGCGGGCCGGGACCCUCUCAAUUAGAGUGGAUCGCUCCGUUCAUGUGACUCGGGUCCUUGUGACUCUGGAUUCUGAGUCCUUCCUCUCUCAGAACCGUUUUUUCUUCUUUUUUUUGUUGUUGUUGUUGAUUAUCUCUUCAAUACUACUUUUGACCCCACAAAUAUCUGUGGGAUUUUUUUUUAUUUAUACCCAACUUCAUUCCACUAGAAUUACACAAAUGUUAUUUUUUAUUAUUAUUAAUUAAAUCCUGUGUUGUGCCCAAUGACUAUAUGACAUUUAAAGUAACAGUGAUUGUCUUUUUCUGGAGGUCAUUCAAUUCAACAUGAUCGUUGGUCUCUACUACUAAAAACACAGCGUGUGAGAACUACUGAAGUCUGUGUUACAAGCUCUUUUGUAUGAAAUACUGUUUGUGGUCUUAUCAGUCGCCCACUGGACUUUAUCAUUGGGGCUGUUUACAUCUUUCAUAUAUUUCCUAGCCAGAGUGGUGCUGUUGCCAUGUAUUUAGCUGCAAAAUAAAUUUGUAUAUAGGGAUUUUAAAGUGCUUAUAUGAAGCUUAUGGAACAAGAUCGCUUUGAAAUACUUGUAGUAUUUUUUUUUUUUCUUCGUUUUUUUAGUUUGUAAAUUUUUAUUUUUUGUUUCUACGAUAUGCUUUUUAUAGAUGAAGUGUCUCCAUGUAAAACUUCAAACUUUAUUCAAGGUGUGUAGCUACUACUGUUUUAGUCACCACGGAAGAAAGAGGUGGCAAUAAAAGGCAGUGUUGUUGUUUUUUUUUUUUUUUUUCUUUUUUUUUUUUUUUUGCUCUGUCUAUUUAAGAUGAGGUGACCUUUUCUCGAUUCACAGGCCUCAUGACUGUUUUAUGCAAUAGAAAUGGACUAGCUAGCUACAAUAUAUGUGUGUAUGUGAGCGGUGGAGCUCUUGUUGUACGCGAUGGACAAAAAACACUAAAAGGCAAUAAAGAUGACUAUUGAAAAAAAA